CUCGCCUUUGGCGCCAAAAGCAAGUGUUUUUAUUGUGCUGCUGAGUUGAGCAGUUCUCACUUUUUUGGACCUUUUGUUGAUUCCUUUGUUUGUUUGGGAUGUUUUGUGAGAAAGCCGUCGAGUUGAUUCGAGAACUCAAGCGGAUGAAUGACGGACAACUUCCUGCCUUUAAUGAUGAUGGUGUGCGCCAGGUGCUGCAGGAGAUUGAGUCCUUGUACGACCAAAACCAAGGCGACGUUAACGAGACCAAAAGCGACCAGCGAGCAGAUUUGAUCCCCUCCAUCAGACUGCGUCACUGCUGCCUGCUGCGGAACCAACGCUGCGUCGCCGCCUACCUGUACGACCGCCUGUUGAGGAUCCGGGCUCUGCGCUGGGAAUACGGCAGCGUGCUCCCCGCCAGCGUGCGCUUCCACAUGAACGCAGAGGAGCUUCAGUGGUUCGCGUGCUACAAGAAGUCUCUGGCGUCGUUCAUGCGCUCUCUCGGGGGCGGCGGCGGGCUGGACAUCACUCAGGACAUGAAGCCGCCGAAGAGUCUUUACAUCGAGGUGAGAUGUCUGAUGGAUCAUGGCGAGCUUGAGAUCGAUGACGGGACCGUAAUCCUCCUCAAGAAGAACAGUCAGCACUUCCUGCCACGGUGGAAAUGCGAGCACCUGAUUCGACAAGGCGUCCUGGAGCACGUCAUGUCCUGAAGACUCUCACGCUUUCUUUUUUUUUUUUUUUUAAACUGAUGUGAAUAAAUGUUUGUGCACUAACA